AUGAGUGAUCCGGAAGCCACAAUAUAUGUCGGUAAUAUAGAUACAAAGGUUACAAAAGAGCUUUUGUAUGAGUUGUUUACGCAAGUUGGACAAGUGAAAAAAGUUAAAUAUCCUAAGGAUAAAAUAUCACAGGAGUACCAAGGGUUUGCCUUCAUAGAGUUCUUUUCUACAGCAGAUGCUGAUUAUGUGUUAAAUGUCAUGAACAAUAAUGUGAAGUUAUAUCAAAAGGUCUUAAAAAUACGACGUUCCAACCAGGCAGUACAGAAAGAUGAUGCCAACAAGAAACAUGAGCUUGAUGCUUCUCUACUACCAGUAGCAAAAGUCUUUGUGAAAGAUAUCGCCGAUACAGUGGAAGUACGACAUUUGACACAGCUAUUUAGCAAAUUUGGUCCCCUGGCCAAGACUCCGGAAGUCUUCACUGUUUCUAAUGGUGAAGUACGAUGUGCAUUUAUCUAUUUCAAAUUUUAUGAUAACGCUGAUCUUGCGAUCCAAACGUUGAAUGGCCAGUUCAUUAUGAAUAAGAAAGCUAGUCUAGAGUAUGCGUUUAAAGAGAAUGGAAGGAAGAAUCUGCGCUACGGUACUGAGGCGGAUAGAAUAUUAAACAAAGAAGCCAGAAAAAAUGGCAUUCUGAAAUAG